AUGCCAAAACAUUACUGUGACUACUGUGAUGUCUUUCUGACUCACGAUUCCGCCUCUGUGCGAAAGGCGCACAACAGUGGAAGGAACCACCUUGCAAAUGUUCGAGACUACUACGCGUCACUUGGACAUGACAAGGCACAAAAUAUUAUUGAUCAAAUCACUUCUGCUUACGAGUCUGGUGGCGGACCGCCCCCAGGUGGUUUCGGUUUCGGUCCUCAGCAUCUUGGUGGCCCUGUGCCAGGUUUUGGUCCACCCAUGGGAUUCGGUGGGCCUCCACCUGGAUUCCCUCGUCCACCCUUCCCCCCAGGUGGUAUGAUGGGUCCUCCUGGUGCCUUGCCACCAUUCCCUCCAAAUGUACCCCCAGGCGCCCCACCAUUUCCACCUAACGGAGCACCGGGGAGUUUCCCACCAUUCCCGCCUAACGGUGUGGCGGGGGCCGCCAUGCCGCCGUUUCCUCCUAACGGUGUACCUGCUGGAGUCCCUCCGUUCCCGCCUAAUGAUAGCAACGCAAGUAGUUCUUUUACUCAAGCUCCGCCCUCAGGGCCGCCAAGUAGUGGACCAAGCAUUCAUCCAGAUCGAUUGAGGAUGAUGGGCGGUGGCGGAAGGUAA